CGUGUUAAAAGGUGGUAAAAGUCGCUAGUAAGUUGAUAAGUAACCCACACCCCGCUCCGCACAGCGCACCCUCGCAACAAGUCCCGUGCGCGCGCCGCCGCGCAGCCCGCUGCGCACCCCGCCAUUUUACCACACCGCCGUAUUUCAGGCACACCGACUCCAAAAACAACAUGAAAACUUAAUCCAGAUCCGCAAAACAGUGAAGCAAGAUGAAUUUCACGCCGUUCACCGGCCACAUCCCGACGGCGGCCGCCAUCCCCACUAUCCAGCACUUCGCAGCGAAGUUCGGCUACGAAGGCACCAGUACUGUGCAGGAGAGAUACCAGGGAAAUGUCCAGUUCGUGACGCCGGCCGUGGACGUCAAGUUCCGACAGGCGGAGAUGGUGGUUCCGGCAGUGGAUGUCAAGUUCCGACAAGCGGAGAUGGUCGUGGUGAGCAGCGCACCGGCUGGCUCCGUCACCCUGGCGGGGAUAGCUCCUAUACACACUGUGAACAGCGGAGUGAAGUACCAGGCGAUAUCUUCGUCCACCGUGAACCUGGGCAACGUGGCGUACGGACAGACGUACGUGCAGGAGCCGAAGGAGAAGCGAGAGUACCGCGAGGAGGACAUCAUGGCUACCAUGAUGCAGCAGCAGGAAACUAUUACUGUGACGGGCACGCCAAUACAGCAAGGUUCUCAGCAGCUACUGGUGGUACUCCAUGAACCGAAGGAAGCAGCUGCGCUCGCGCGCGCCAUCAAACAGGAGGCGCGCCAGCCCGUGCCGGCUGAGUUCAUCAGUAUCGGCGACGUGUCGGACGCGACGUGGCAGUCGCUCGGCGGCGGCGUGGCCGACUAUCUGUCGGCGCUGCCGCUCCCACUGCACCACCUACUCAAGUACUCGGACAAGAGAGAAGAACCGGUACUAGUGCAAGUUCCUAGCGCGCCAGUAGCACAGCAGAUCCCAAGUCCCACGGUGAACACGGUGGUAGUACAGACGUCACCGGCGACGCCGCCGCCGCCGCCAAAAAAGAAGAAGAAGAAAAAAGCUACCAAAGAGAAGAAACCGCGGCCUAAACCUGGAGAAAUCCGCCUCACCACUGCACUCGAUGGCAGCACUCUGUACUGCUGUCCGGAAUGCCAUAUGGCGUAUCCGGAGCGAGGGUUAUUGGAGCAACACUUGGUCGGACACACUAUGGAAAGGAGGUUUAUCUGCGACAUCUGCAACGCAGCCCUAAAGCGGAAGGACCAUCUAACCCGCCACAAGCAGAGCCACAACCCGGAGCGACCGCAUGUCUGCUCCGUCUGCCUCAAGGCCUUCAAGCGUCGGGAACAACUCACGCUGCACUUCGUCAUACACUCCGGGGAGAAGCGACACGUGUGCAACGAGUGUGGCAAGGGUUUCUACCGCAAGGACCACCUGCGCAAGCACACGCGCUCGCACAUCGCGCGGCGCGUGAAGGCGGAGCUGUCGGCGCGCGGCUCCCCCCCCUCCCCCGCGCCGCUGCCGCCGCCCGCGCCCGCGCCGGCGUGCUGACCCGAGGACAAGGCCGACCUGCUCGCGCUCCUACAGGCCGCCAAGGACGUCUUCUGACUCCCCCUCCCCGCGCCGCUGCCGCCGCCCGCGCCGGCGCCGGCGUGCUGACCCGAGGACAAGGCCGACCUGCUCGCGCUCCUACAGGCCGCCAAGGACGUCUUCUGACUCCCCCUCCCCCGCGCCGCUGCCGCCGCCCGCGCCGGCGCCGGCGUGCUGACCCGAGGACAAGGCCGACCUGCUCGCGCUCCUACAGGCCGCCAAGGACGUCUUCUGACUCGACGAUCGAGGUGUUAACUAUAUCGAUGGUUAAAAAGCUCCUCACGUUUUGUUAUACUUUAAUUUUGUAGCUACAACAUUAUUAUAAAACCGAUUGACCGUCGCAGUGGCGACACCGUCGUGUCGUCUCGUUUUUUCGCACCGAGAAAUGAUUCUGAUUAAUCACUUAAAGAAUUUUAUGGAUUUAAUUACUUAAAAAAAUGUUCUCUAUUUAUUUUAUUUUUUCUUCUACGUGUUGAAUCCAUAAGCCGUUUGCACAGAGAAACUCUCAAGUUCGAUUCGGACCAGCAUUUUUUUAAUUGACUUUACGAUUAAUCAUUAUGUAAAUUGAAUACACUCUAUAAAUAGGUACAAGAUUCGCAAUUUCCUUUUUAGAAAGAAAAUCCCGCAAGUUAUAGGAAUUUUCGAAUGGCAUAAAAUGUUAAGUGUAUGUUGUGAAAAUUUAAAUAAUUGUGAUUUAAGUAAUUUAUAUUAUAAUUUACUGUGAUCGUCCAAAAUAUUUAGGAAAGAAAUAUACAUAUUUAAAUUUAAUGUUGGCAACCUUGAGAAGAGUUGUUUUUAUUAUUUGUUAGCAAAUAUUGAGAUUUUGUAUUUGUUUUAAAAUUCUAAAACAAUAUUAAUAUGAUGUACCUACGUAAAAUACUCUGUUUGCAAUAUUAGAAUAUAGUUGACAUCAGUUCUUGUUAUAUAGGGAAUAUAAAUUGGUUAAAAUUGUAAAAAAAUAUUUAUAAUUAGUCAUAGCGCAUUUUGACAUAUUUUUAUAUAUCUAACUGUCGCCUAAAACUGGUAUAUUAUAAGUUAAAGCUUAAUGUCUCUCUGGAAAAGUAAAGUGUAAAGACAGACCUUUUCUAUAUGAUAAAUAAAGUCAUUCAAGAUAUAGUAUGUAUAACAAAACACUAGAACUAGAGUUAUAUAGGAGUAUGUACUUAUUACAUAUUUUUAUAAAUUAGCCAGUCGUGUCAACUGUGUUCAUUUGUUUAAAACGUAACCUUAGAAUAAAAGUACAAAAGUAUACUUACCGACAUUUACUGUGUAAAUAAGAUUGUCAGAUUCUCUAACAUAGUAAAGUAAUUAGCUGUAGAUAUUUACUAGAAAAAUCAGUUUUGGUGUCUCAUCUCAUGCCACUUCCGAAGCUCAGGCUAAAAUACAGCACGAUUGGUUUUUAUAUUAUCAAUAUUUACGUGGCAUUUAUCAUGGUCACGGUUAUCGAUCGCCCUGAUCUAAAAGAGCAACUGUCACUAAUGUGGCACUUAACGCCAUCUAGUGUCCAUGAUGGGUAACAACACAUUUUCAGUGACGCCAUCUAGUGGUGGUGAUGUUUUAGCCGGUCGUACUUCAAUGAACCGGAUGGAUGCGUGUAUCUACAUGUAUCUUGCCGGAUGGAACGAUACCAGUUUAUUAUCAAUUUAUCACGUAAAUACAUUGACAUCUCGAACAUUAUACUCUCGCUGAAAUACCUUCCAUAGGCUACUUAAAAUCCACUUUGGCACAUGCUGCUAAAGGAUUAUUAACUUAUGUCGUUGCGUUGUUGCAUUAGGCCAAGCAGAGCGAAGCGAAAAUAUUCGUUACUUAUUACGAUAUUUUCGUCUGCAAGUCGCAUUAUCAAUGGUGAUCUAUAAAUAUACAGAUCUUUAUACCCAACCCAAGUGUUAAAAACAGUCUAAAAUCUACUCUAAGUAGUGUUCUUAUAACACACUAGUACCUACUUGAAUAUGGUUUUAAUGGUUUACCACUUCACGAUAGACUAGGUUAAGUUAUUUAUUACACCAUACUUUUGUAAUAAAAUAAUAGUUACCACUUCUGCAGUGCUUCCGUUACUUUGACAUAUGCGCUUUAUUUAAUAAAAUUAUUAUCUGUAUA